AUGUCAUCUUCGUCUCUAUCACUUCCGUCCGAUACCGACAUGGAACUCAAUGAUUCAGACCUUCUACAGCGACUACAACAACGACGGAAAGAGUUGGAUGCGGAGAUCGAGGCAUUCGGGGCUCUGAAGGAAAACGAGUACAAGGCGUUCGAGUGGAAGUUGAAGGAGGAGUAUAAACUAAGGAAGCGAAAACGAGAAACAGAAAGCGGCAACGAUGGCGGACAGAUCAGUCAUGACAACUAUGUUACUGCUACGGACGCAUCCCCGCCGUAUCCAACCGUCGCAACUACGGCUACACCCGGACACGAGAAUGGUGAUACAUGUUCCACUUGGUCAGGAGUGGAACGUGGGAGCCAGGUCUCGCUUGACGUUGGGGAAUCUCAGCUGGAUGACGCUCUGAGAUUGGGGUUGCCUAGUGCACCGCCCGCGCACCAGCUCGGAAGCCACGAGAACAACUCUCCGCCUUUCGAUAAAGACCUCCAGGCUGCUUUCACCCCCCGAUAUCUUCCUCUACUAGAUAGAAACUACCGGAGCCCACCAUCGUCGCCCUCUAACAAAAUCAUGUCGAGCCCCCCGCAGUCACCGAAAUCAACUUUUCCGAAGAUUGCCACCAUACCCGGCCGUUCGGAUAACAGCCCGGGAUCUCCGGCGGCGCCUCUUGCUUCCUCUCUGAAAUCGUCCUCGGGUAGCUCGUUUGGUACCACAGGCAAAUCUGCUGGGAUUAAACAGAAAUCUCCGAAAAGGGUUACUUUUCAAUUUGAGGACGAGAGUUCUGUUCCGUCACGCAGCAGUCCCCCACCAGCUAAGGUACACUGGAGCUUAGCAGAUGAUAAAGACAAUGAAUACGGCCCGAGAGACGGCGAUGAGUUUGUUGGAUCUACUGGCGAUCAAGAAAUGGUAGAGGCAGGGGGGGGGGGACAUGGUGGCUCUGGAAAAGUCGAGCAAAUUGCGAAUGCCGCGAAAUCGGCCAACUUAGAAGUGACGCAAGGUGUUGAGUUGGCGGCUCCUACAAGCCACUCCGUGGCAUCUGCAGGGUCCGGGGCUUUAGUUGAUGAUGGUUCAUUUGAGGAGGUACAGUUUGGGGACGAAACGAGUGGGAAUGGGUCUAGGGGGGUAAACGGAGAUCUGGAACGGUCAUUUGACAUAGAAACCGUGGAUGAUGAUGAGGAAGAUUUAUUUGAUAUGGACGAGACUGUGGCGGAAAGAAAGGAGUCGCCACCCCACCGGGACUAUGCUGCUCUCCUUUUUACAACCAAACCCCCGUCUCUGCGCUCACCCUUCUCCGGCCAAUCCUUCCCCCCACUGCCGUCAUUCACACCCAUACCGUCUACCAUCCCAGCUCCUCCAGUGGACCCAUCACUCACAUUCGAAAAAGGCCUUGGAAUGCGGAGUGGAUUCACCGCGGUACGGGGAGGCAUAAGUGCCUCUUUCAAUCCAUCACUCUCACUAGAACCCAUAACCUCUCGGACCCGGGUUGGAGAAGAGCCACAUACCGCUCCUAUAGCCUCAUCAUUGCCAAACAUUGGGUGGGGAGAGACUUCAGACAAAGGCUCGUUUGUACCUACCCCCGGUGGCCGCUUCCGCAGGCGAAGCAUCGCCAAAUACGACGUGCCAGACGAGGACGAUGCACCCAAAGGAAAAUCCCACCCAAACAUCCCUGAAGAAGACGAACCCCCCCUCGAACUCUUUGGCCGAAGUCCCAACGCUGCCAGCCUCCCAAUGGCAAUUGCCAGGAACAGCCCCCUCGCAGCCCUAUCCGGUUCUACAUCCUCCAAAUCCCCCACACCAUUGCGCAAAGACGCCAGUCCAACAACCGCUCCAGAAGUUCCUGACGAAGCCCCACUCCCCGGCCGCCUCUCGCCAACCCUACCACCACGGGCCACGGGCCCAGCACUAAGCCCGGGCACAGAAUCCAUAAAACAAGUCUCAUCCGCCGACCUCCUAGCAGACAUGCCGGCCAGCGAACCACCCUCCUCCCCCGCCGCCAAGAACGAUUCAGUAUCCUCGUACCGCCUAACCUCACCCUUCCCUUCCGCAUCCAUCCUCCCAACAACAUCUCCUUAUAGAACCGCACACGCAGCUGAAGUCGCAGCAUCAGCGCUCGACGGCGAAUUAGAAAGCGUCGUCGGUGGUGUAGAUGGUAGGACAGGCCUGGACCCGGAUGUUAGCAGCUUCCAACCCGCAACCGGAACCUCCAUCAAUCGGAGGAGAAGUGGAAGUGUGAUUGCGCCGCAGGAGGUAAGGCCUGAAAGGAUGAGUUUGGGCAUGAGGAUGGCGUUUGAGGAGAUGAGAGGGAAGAAGUUGUUUUAGUUGUUGCUUUCUUCCUCUCCUUCCAUUUACUUUUACUCCGGUCUUUUCAACUUUUGAUGCCUCUCUUUCGGUUUCUACUUGGUAUAUUCGGUUGGCACUGUGGUUUGUCGAUUGGUUGGUUUUGUUGAUCUUUUCUUUUGGAGUUGGAUGGGGGAAGUGAUUUUACUUGCUAGGUGAAAGGGCGGUUGCGGCGAGAGCGAGCGAGCGGGUGCGCAUGUAUGGGCAAGUGUAGCGAAGUGGGGUGAUUGUAUGUACCUAUUUUUUGCAAAGACCGGGCAGUAGCAAGGGCUCCAUCCAGUGUCUAGCCUGGCCUAGCCUAGUCUAGUUUGUUUGUCUGUCUAUCGAAUGGCCGUGCGCGGUGGUGUUGUGCGAUACGUAUUAUAAAACAAGUAAGCUUGU